GAACUGAGUCCAUCAGUAAUAAGCCAUUUAUUUCAUGCAAGCAGGCUAAACUGCACAUCAAUUGGAGAGAAAGACCUAUUAAAACUAGAACCUGAUCCCUCUGAGACCUUCCUAUGUGCCUUCCUCCAGACUUAUGAAAGUGCAAGGAGUCCACUCCGGGCCAUCAGCAAGUCACAUACUCAGUAAAGAUUGGAAAGAUGAGCCUUUAAAAAGAAAGGUCAGAGUGUCUAACAUCAGAAAGAAGAGAAGGACUUAAAACGUGAGAAGGAUGAGCUCAUAUGCGGAUAUCUGCAGCUCCAAGCAAGCGCAGAGCGGCACGGAGGGAAGUUAUCAACGCUAUGGAGUUCGAUCCUAUCUGCAUCAAUUUUAUGAGGACUGCACAGCUUCAAUUUGGGAGCAUGAGGAGGAUUUUCAGAUCCAGAGGUCACCUAGCAGGUGGAGCUCUGCAUUCUGGAAGGUCGGACUCAUCUCUGGGGUGGUUUUUAUGCUGAUCGGGUUAACAGUUCUUGUAGUAGGUUUUCUUGUGCCACCGAAAAUCGAAGCCCUUGAGGAAGAUGAUUUCGUUGUUGUGGAUAACCAUGCCAUUCAGUUUAACGGAGCCCUUGAUAUAUGUAAGCUGGCAGGAGCGAUCUUAUUUUGUAUUGGCGGGACCACAAUGGCAGCAUGCCUGUUGAUGUCUGCUUUUGCUAAAAGCUACUCCAAAGAAGAAAAGUAUCUUCAGCAAAGGUUUAAAGAGAGAAUAGCAGACAUAAAAGCCCAUGCACACCCAGUCACAAAAGCACCAGCACCAGGAGAAUCGAAGAUACCUGUCACUUUGUCCAAAGUUCAAAACGUCCAACCUUUAUCAGAAACCUGACAUUUCCCUUUUUAAUUUAUACAUCAUUUAAUUUGAAAAGGUCAGCCUUUGUGAGCAUAUGAAUUUGUAUUUACAGUACAGCUUCAAGUACUCUGCUCUGUAAGAGGGGAACUGAUUGGAAACCUUAUCUAGCAGAAUUUAAAUGUUGGCAAAUGAGGGAAGUUUAGGUGAUUAGUGCUUUGAAUAAUGUAUACACGUUCAAAUAUAUGAAUUGUGUAAACAAGUGCUCACCUAUGUUGAUCUAGGUCAGCCUACCAACAUGGUUACAACAACACUGGAGGGGGGAAAAAAAAGAUUUUUAAUUUCUUAUCAGUUUGUGUCAUUUGAGAAAAAUGGGCAUUUUUAUACCAAUUGUAUCAUGGCCAUCCAAAAUUAUGCUCUGUUUAAAGUAAAUGUGGUGUGUUCUUUUUUUUAGCUAUGGUAGUUUUCAAAACUUUUUUUAGACUUGGUGUUCUUUCACUUUCCAGUCCUGCUGUACAGGGGGUAAUAUCCUGCCCUCUUUACCCAUGUUUGUAGUCCUGUCAUUUUCAAUAGUCUCUAUAAAAAUAAGAGUGUACAUGUACACAUUCUAGGUCUCUCACACAGAAGAACUUAUGCUGCCCCAAUUUUGAUUAAGGCACAUCAGCCAACAGCGUUUCCAUAUGGGAAACAAACAUAAUUUUAGGCCCAAAUUUGUCACCAUCCCUCCUUUUUAAAAUCACCAAAUUUUAUUAACAAAUACAAAAUAAGGAAAGCAAGAUUAUGAAACAUCCUAUUUCAAUUAAGAAAAAGAACUCCACAUUUCCCCAUUGGUUGUUUGGUGUGGUGUCCCUCAUCAUGAGUCUUUGCCAAACAUUCUUAAAACUCAUAACGCACAUUUGGGCCUUGGCAGGAUGGGAAUUAGACUAUGGUUUAAAGCAGUGGUCACCAACUGGUCAAUCGCGAUUUCCGGUGGCAGCACAGUAUGGCUGCUUAAAGCUACCCUGCCCCCACACCGCUCCUGGAAGCGGCCACUGUGGCCCCGGGGGCGGGAGGGCAGGGGUCUCCCUCCCUGUGUGCUGCUUCUGCCUGCGAGCACCGCCCUUGCAGCUCCCAUUAGCUGGGAGAGCUGUGGGGGGCGGUGCUUGCAGAGAAGGGCAGGGCGCGGAGCCACAUGUCCUCUGCCCUCCACACCCCAGGGGCAGCAGGGGCGCAUUGGCCCCUUCCGGGAGCAGCGGGGGGGCGGGGUACGCAUGGAGCCUGCCUUAGCUUCGCUGUGCCCACUGCUGACUGGGAGCCACUGGAGGCAAGUGCUGCCCGGCGGGAGGCCACACCCCAACCCCCAUCCCUGAGCCCCCUCCCAGAGCCAGCACCCUGUACCCUCUCCUGCACCCCAACACUCUGCCCCAGCCUGGAGCCCCCUCCUGCACCCAAACUCCCUCCUGGAGCCUGCACCCCAACACUCCCUCCUAGAGUUUGGACCCCUCACACCUUCCUGCACCCCAACCCCCUGCCCCAGGCUCAGCUCAGAGCCCCCUCUCACACCACGAACCGCUCAGCCCCAGCCCAGAGCCCACAUCCCCUCCUGAAUCCCAACCCCCUGCCCCAGCCCGGUGAAAGUGAGUGAGGAUUGGGGAGAGUGAGCGACAGGGAGAGGGGGGAAUGGAGUGGGGUAGAUCUUGAGUUGUCCUUAGAUUCAAAAAAGUGAUCUUGGGGGUAAAAAGGUUGGAGACCACUGGUUUAAAGUGAAAUUCCUAGCCUGCUGUGUCCUGUCUCUACUUAAUCCCAUUAGUUGACCUUAAAGAAUCUAUCUAAAGAAAUUUUAAAAUGUUGUUCUAUUUUUAUAGAUAGUAGAGUAAGCUCUCCUUAACCGGAAUACAUUUGUCUGGCUGCUUACCUGAAUAUUUGUCCUUUCACUAAAGAAACUUAAUUUUGUUCUCAUAUGAGGUAAAUAGCUCAUCCUCUUAAUCUAUGGAUUUAAAUUAAUGAUGUGUAAAGAAUGAUGUGACCUUUGUAUUCUCUGACAAUUCAUUCCACCUUAUAGUUCUGUUUAUUUUUUGAAUGGAUUCAGUAAAAUUAUAUGAACAAGCCAAA